AUGGCGCAACUAUCCAACAGUGACGACGAGUCGUCCACCGUCAUCAUCACACCACAGACAGAAUCUGCUGAAGCCGAAACAAUGGACGAUUCCACCUCCACAAACGACAAGACAGAAGAUGAGAAGAAGGAGGUCCAUCUCAAGGGCAUGGUGUCAGACAGCAAGACCCUAUUCGCCAAAUACGACGAACGGGGAAACCGAUCUUGGUCAGACAAGAAGCCCGCUGAUUUCGAAGAGGCCGCCGAAGGAGAGGAGACGCAAAAGUUUGCAAUUAUCGUACGCAAACAAAAACCCAAGGAUGCCGAUUCGACGAAGAAUCUCGAAAUCGACAGCAUCAUCAUCCAGUCACCGCAUCUGAAGAACGCGCUGGGAAAUGUGUUUCGCGGGUAUCCUGGAAUUACGACCGACUUGUCUCGGUUGAAGCUCAAGGCUCCAUUUGAGUGCUUUCUCCAUCGGUGGGAACAAUUCGAAGCUGCCCGAGAUGCAGAGGAUCAGGAUCCAACUGCCAAGGAGCAUUUGGACCUGCUGUACACCAUUAUGAAGGAGGAGCUAGGUGACAUUAUCGACCUUCGAAAAGAUUACUUCAAGAACAAGAGCGUCACAUUCGACCACUUGUGGACUAUUUUCCCGCCUGAUUGUACUGUGUUCGGCAUCAAAGAGGGCAAACCGGUGGCUGCGCUCUUCAAGCGUGGAUACUUUGCUCAAACGCCGUGUGGUCAGGUAUAUAACCUGGAAUGCAAGAUCAUCGACUGGGAUGGCGUAAAGAUGGGCUGGAGCUCGUUGAACCUGCGUAUCCCUGCGUUUCUUGGCUUUGCCAACUUUUCCUCACUGCCCUGCUACCCCAUUGAGUACUGCUCAAACCCGGAGGCGAUCAAGGAAACGCUUCGUGAGAGAGGGCGAAGGUUCGAAAGUCUCGCCGGGUUCUGCUACAGACAGUAUGAGGGAGUGGCGUUCUACCACCCCGAGCAAGAUACCGACAAGACGUGUCGCGAGACGGUCCAGGGCCGAGUUGUCGUCGACUGCGCAAAUUGGGAGAAGAAUAACCCCGACCACACCCUCUGGCUGGAUAACCUAUCUCCCAGCGAAGACAACAACGACUCAGACUCAGACGACGGCAGUUCCAACUGCAAUAGCUACGAGUCCUCCAACGCCGACUCGCAGGCACAAGCACCCCUAACACAAGACCAACUUAUUUACACAUCCCCCAUCGUGAGAGGCUACUCCCUCAGCACCAAGCGCUGGAUGGAAUUCUUCCUCGACAACAUAACCGACGUACAAUUCGACGCCAACGCAUUCAACUCGCUCGUCAUGCCCCCCGAAAAGAAGGAACUCAUCCUCGCCUUCGCCGAAUCCCAAGCACGCUUCAAAAACGCCUUCGACGACGUCAUAUCCGGCAAGGGCAAAGGCAUCAUCAUGCUUCUCUGCGGCGGGCCCGGCAUCGGCAAGACCCUCACGGCGGAAUCUGUCGCCGAACAGAUGCGCGUGCCCAUGUACUCCAUGAGCGCAGGGGAUCUCGGCAACGACGCCUACGACGUGGAGAACAGCCUGGGCAAGAUUCUCAAAAUGGUGUCCAACUGGAAUGCGGUGCUGCUGCUCGACGAGUGCGACGUGUUUCUCGAGGAGAGGACGGCAGAUAACAUGGAGAGGAAUAGGAUCGUGGCCAUCUUCCUCAGAAUGCUGGAGUACUAUGAGGGGAUUUUGUUCUUGACCACGAAUAGGAUAAAGCAGAUGGAUCCGGCGUUUCAUUCGAGGAUUCAUAUCACGAUGGAGUAUCCGCCGCUGGAUGAGGAGGCGAGGGCGCAGGUUUGGAGGUCGUUUUUGGAGAGGUCCAGGGGCGAGGAGGGGCAUGAUGUUACGGAGGGGGAGGUGAAGCGGUUGAGUAAGUUGGAUAUGAAUGGGAGGGUGAUUAAGAAUAUGGUCAAGGCGGGGAGUUUGUUGGCGUUUCAUAGGGGGGAGAGGUUGGGGUUUGGGCAUUUGGCUACUGUGUUGAGGGUUUCGGGGCAUUCGUUGUGA